GAGGGCUGUCCUGUGCACGAUGACAAGUUUGGGUCCCAGCAUAAAGCUCAACCAGUAACCAACUUUAGCAGACGACUUCAGUGACUAGCAACAUGGCCGAGUUAAAGAAAGUCAACACCUACAACAACGACAUCAACACCUACAACAACGACAUCAAACUGACGGAAGUUGACCUCAACGGCAAGGUACACCAGGCACACGACAACAAGGGAUUUCAGGACGAGGCUGAUGCACCAAACGGUCUGCCCGUUUUAGUCAAUGACUACGAUGGAUCUCAAACCAACCCAGAUGAGGACCCCGGGUGUUUUUCACGGGCAGUCAACAGAAUUCAGACGGCCGUGUCAAGAUUCUUUGAGACCAAUCGUCACGUGAUCAAAGCUGUGGUCUUGUUGGUGCUGCUGGCUGCCUACUUCUCAUAUUUUGCUUACGCCAUGUACUACAGGUUCGGCGAUGAAGGAUCGUGGAGACUUCUGAUUGUUACAAUUCUUUGUGCACUGGGCAUCGUGUUCAAGACGUUUCUCAAGUACAGAAGAUCUGAUGACAAUGGCAAUGACAGCCGGUGGAAACUCUCCAAGCUCAGAAAGUUCCUGGGGAAACUCAGACUGCCCAUCGUGAUCCCUAUCGUGGCUAUUGUCGCCAUAUUGAUCUACGUGAUCGUCGACGUGGCACUUGACCGGCCCAGAAACAUGAUCAGUGCUGGCGGGAUCGUCUUUUUCCUCGGCUUCUGUUUUGUUUUCUCUAAUAACCCGGCUAAGGUCAAGUGGAGGCCAGUGUUGUGGGGUCUGGCCCUACAGCUGCUAUUUGCCCUGCUCAUCCUGCGCACGUCUUGGGGUCACGAUGCCUUCCAGUGGCUGGCGGACAGAAUCACAGAAUUCCUGGCCUACACCGAUGCCGGCUCCAUCUUUGUCUUUGGUGAAGUCUAUGACCAGCAUUAUUUUGCUUUUAAGGUGCUGCCAGUGGUGGUUUACUUCAGCACGUUUGUCGCCAUGUUGUAUUACCUGGGCGUCAUGCAGGUCGCCAUUAAAGUCAUCGGUCAGUUCCUGGCCCUCUGUCUGGGCACAUCACCUUCAGAGUCCAUCAACGCUGCUGGAAAUAUUUUCCUUGGCAUGACCGAGGCUCCACUGAUGGUCCGACCAUUCCUGAAGGAUAUGACAAAGUCAGAGAUACACGCAGUCAUGACUGGCGGGUUUGCUACAAUAGCUGGUGGUGUCAUGGCGGCUUACAUUCUCUAUAAGGUCCCGGCCAACCAUUUGUUGUCCGCCUCUGUCAUGUCCGCCCCUGCCGCUCUGGCCAUGGCCAAGCUCUUCUACCCCGAGACUGUGAACAAAAAACACAACGCCAAAGACUUCUACAACAUCCCCAAAGGGACUGAAAAGAAUUUGAUAGAAGCCGCUUCCAACGGAGCGUCAAUGUCCGUCAAGGUUGUGGCCAACAUCGCAGUAAACCUCAUCGCCUUUGUGGCCCUGCUCCACUUUGUGAACGCUAGUCUCACGUGGUUUGGUGACCGUGUCGGUGUGGAGAAUCUAACUUUUCAGUUGGUCUGCUCCUACCUGUUUUGGCCCCUGUCCUUCCUUAUGGGAGUUGACCAAGAUGAUUGUAGAACUAUCGGUGAAUUGAUCGGGACAAAAAUACUUCUCAAUGAAUUUGUGGCUUACGUGGACCUGUCUAAAUAUAUCAACAAUCAAAUCACGUUUGAUGAGUACUGGUCAAACUUUACAUCCAACAGUACAGCCAAUCUGACAGGUGUGUGGACCUACAUAGAUGAUGAUAUUUACCUGAAUGACACACAGGUGACGUUAACACACGGACUUAUCUCCAGAAGAUCAGUUGUGAUAGCGACGUAUGCCCUGUGUGGAUUUUCAAAUCUGUCAUCUAUGGGCAUGCAACUUGGGGCAUUAGGUGCCAUGGCACCAGAGAGAAAAGGAGAUCUUUCAAAAAUUGUGUUUCGUGCCAUGUUAGCAGGAAAUGUUGCCUGUUUUUUAACUGCUUGCAUCGCAGGGCUGUUUUAUACCUCCUGAAGAAAGACCUGAUAUAUAGCUGUUUUGUUAUUCUACUUGAAGGCAUUAUUUUUUUUUUUGCUUACCGAGUGUAUCUUUACAAAUCUCGACUUCCGGUUUAAACAAAUAUCAGGGGAUUAGAAAAUUUUACUUUUUAUACAUUUCAUUGAUCCACCUUGGAUAACUGUAUACAUUGAGAGGCUAACAGACUUCCCUUAAGAGACGUGUGAAAGAAGUACGGUUACUGGAAAAAAAAGCUCAACGGAAAACUAUGCACAACAAGUACGCAAGGGCAUUUUGUUUUCUUAAAUCGAACAUUUAAUAUACAUUUGGAAAGAAUGACCACGGGUACAUUGUAGCAUAUUUCCCCGAAAAUAUGAAAGUCUUUUAGUAUAAUUAUUUUGUAUUUGAGCAUUUUUCUGUUUGCGCAGUUUUCCGUUUUCGAAUUUUUCGUGGAACGUCAAUUUCCUUUGCGUAAUUUUUGGUCGCGCAUUUUUCAGGUCACCGUACGAUGUAAUGAUCACAUGUGUUGACUUAACACGGCACAUGUGUGCUCUUUACACGUGUACAGUGUGACCCGUUACAUGCCUUUGUUUUUAGUCAAGAUGUGCAUUUGUGACACGUCACAUGUUCAUCUCUAGAUGAGAAAUGUUGUUGCGCAUUACA